AUGAAACGACACCACCAACGUCUCACUACCCAUCAUGGAGCAGCUUCCCGAUCAGAAAAAGUGCCAGUGGCCGACUUCGAGAAUAUUCCCAUUAUCGACGUCGCACCGUUAAGCAGUCCAGAUCGUAGUGAUCGCCAGAGGCUAGCAGCAGAGAUCUACGGUGCCUGCACACAAGUCGGGUUCUUCUACAUCAAGAUCCUGCAGAAUCACGGGAUAUCCGAUGAGUUGAUCAGUGCACUUCACGAUGCAGCGCAUCGAUUCUUCGCCCUACCAGAGGAGCAGAAAAUGGAAUAUUCUGUGGCGAAAUCGAAGAAAUACCGUGGGUACAUGCCCGUGUAUGCAGAGGAAAUACCGACCGACGAUGAUGCGAAUGACCAGAUCGAGAAAAAUGCAACGGGCGCUCUUUUGGAAUCAUUCGACAUUGGUUAUGAGAUUCUCGCUGAUUCGCAACGAGCCGCGGAUGAUGUGCUGCCCCCCGACACCUAUGACCUGUACGGAGACAACCAGUGGCCAAGCGAUGAGGUGCUUCCAAACUUCCGAGACACGUAUUUGCUUUACUGUACCGAGGCACUCACGCUCUGUCGAAGACUAAUGAGAAGCUUUGCGCUUGCCCUUGGCCUGGACGAGGGUUUUUUCGAUACCAUGAUGGACUUUCCGGGGGUGACGUCCCGCAUCUUGCAUUAUCCCACUCAGCCCGUGGAGGGAGAGGUUAGAGAUGGGCUUGGGGCUCAUACGGACUACGAAUGCUUUACUAUUUUGUCCCAGGAUGACGUACCCGCUUUGCAAGUCCGCAAUGCUCGGGGCGAAUGGGUGGUGGCGCCUCCUAUCCCAGGGACACUGGUUGUGAACAUCGCUGAUUGCUUGUCCAUGUGGACAAACCAAACGUUCAAGUCAACGGUUCACCGAGUGAUCAAUUUGACUGGCCAAGAACGAUACUCUAUCCCGUUUUUCUUCGGAGUCAACUAUGAUACCACAGUGUCAGUUCUGCCAAAUUGUGUCUCUGAUGACAGGCCGGCGUGUGUAAAGCCGUUCAAGGCUGGUGAAUUCGUGCGUGCGCAACUAGCGAAGACUUACGUCGCUUAUGGAGAGGAGCCUUCUACAGGGACAGAGGAUGUACUUCUAUGA